AUGGCAACGAAAGUCCCGGCACCCGCCUCUCGACUUCCGCUACUACCAGCCGCUCUCUUCCUUGUAGCAGCCAUUGCAUGGCCAAUGCUGGAGACUUACACAAUUCUUGGCUUUGACGGGUGUGAACAGUACAGUCUGAGCAUUGAGAGUCUCUCCGAUCUUGGGGUCAAUUACCGCCAAGUUCAUCCAUUGAAACAUUUCCCCGUCACCUCCUGGCUACACGACUAUCAAAACUACAACUUCCAGCAAGCAGGCAUUCUCUUCGGCCUCGCUCAUCUCGCCUUGUUGUAUAUUACAAGACAUGGAGUGACCAGCCGAACAGCUCCUCUGCGGACUAUCAGAGUGCUUCUCACGGUCUUCUACGCUGCAGGAAUGGUACUCAUGGGCCGCAUUCAUGGAGGUCCUCGAGAACAACUUUGGGAGAUUAUCGGCUGGCACUGGACUGGACUCACUUUGGCAGCCGUUGCUGGUAAUUUGAAUUCUAUUGUUGCCGCUGUGGUGCCCAACCAAAUCGGCGGGUUCGAUCGUGUUCCUAGCUAUCGGGCUUUGAGUGCACUUCUUGGAGUAUUCGGACUCUAUAGCCUCUAUCGCUUCCAAACUUUGGGAGAGUGGGAUUUCGAGACUCAUAUCGGCCGCUGGCAGCGCGGAAGUGUCUAUCCAGUUCUGCUGUGGGAGGCUGUCACCGCUGGGAACAUCAUCAUCGCCCAUCGAUCCGGCGAGUUUGCGAAAUCCAAGACUUUGUAA